UCAGGUGCAGUUUUUCGAAAAUACCACCGCGAUGGACGUCGAUGAUGACGAUUACGUGUUGACGCCGUUGCAGGCCGAGGCCGAAGAUCCGGAACCGGAAGUCGCGGACGAAGACGGCAGCGACGACGCAGCCGACGAAACCGGAACGGCGGCCGACGACUACGUCCAAUCACUGGUCACCAUCGAGUCCAACUGGGAGAACGAUUUGGCCGCUAUACGGAAGCUGUUGGAAGAAGGCGAUGGCGACGAGACGUGCCCCAGCUGUGGCAUGCCUUUCGACAAAGGCAAGAAGAGAAAGCUCAUCGACUCUUGCGGACACGAACGUUGUUACGCGUGCAUGUUCCGCAACGAGGGCUGUCCGCUGUGCGCCACAGCGGCGACCGCCGUAGAAAGCUCAGCAAAAGCUUCCAAGAAAUCAUUGACCGAUGAGCCGAUAUACGUGCAAAACACGCGAAUCAACAGACCAAGGGUCAAGACUAACGGACACUUUUCGCCCUACGUCCAAUCGAGACAAGGUUCACAGGAACUUAGUCAUUCGCCUAGUAGGCUUCCCAGACCUAACAGGAACUUGGAAGAAGUCAUGACUCAGAGUUGUCCAACUCCUCCACAGAGCAGAAGAAAAUUUUUUCUCAGCCCGAAAACAAUACGAAAUCAGUGGUCCAUGCGCAGUGGAUCCAGGUCGCCAUCGGACAACGCACUCUCCGUAAUGUCAGCGUCGACAUCAACAGUAACUUCUACGGAUCAGCGGCGAUGGUCUUCGGUGGUGUUGGGCAAGAUUAGAUCUCUGUGGUCGUUGAGAGACGAUGAAGGCGGAAACGUGAAACCACGAGGAUCGUUGAACCAGAGGAGUUGCAACUCGGACACUCUGUACACAAGAUUGGGAUUGCUGUUGUCGAGAGACAGCAAUUCCAGAUCAUUUACGGAGGACGUGUCAUUGGCGAGCGUCAACUCUAAGCCGGUGUCGAGCAACGGGAGCCCCGUGUCCACGCUCACGGGGUCCUCGGAGACCGAACACAAAGCGAUCAAAGAACAAUCGUCCGACAGCAUAGGAUCUCUCAUGUCCAUGUCCGGGCAGAGCAACGGGUCGUGUAGCCCUCUGACCAGAAGACAUUCUGUAACGACAUUACAAGCGGGCUCUGUAGACGAUUUACGUUCGUUUAGAACGAGGCGGCAGCCGACCAGGAGGUCCGCUAGAUCCGGUACGAUUAAGGGACCCAUCGAUCCCAAAGUGCGAUUCGCCCAGUACAGAACGUCCCCGCAACAACAACAGCUCCAGCUUCAGCAGCAGCAGCAACAACAACUCCUCGUGCUGAAACCGCUGUUCUUCGAAGUGCCCCAACAAGAGUCAGACCCGUUAUUCCUUGGCCGUGAGUGGCUGGUCCAGGACAUUAGCAGAGCGAUGCUGCACGCCCAGUCGUCGGGCGUCGCGGUGACCGGGCUGCCGGGCACGGGCAAGACGGCGUUCGUCCUGCAACUUGUCGAGCACAGCUGUUUCGGCCGCCUGAAAUCGAAUGUGUCCGACGUGAGCACGUCUCAGUCCUCGAUCAUUUCCGAGGACGUCAAGUCCCUGGCCUCGCGCGUGGUCGCUUACCACUUCUGCCAAGCAGACAACAACAGCACGUGCCUCAUACCCGAAUUUGUACACUCGCUGGCGGCCCAGCUGUGCCAAGCACCCCAGCUGAAUAUGUACCGACAACACGUGCUGACAGAACUCAACCUUCAGGAUUCGCUUUCGAUGCGUGAGUGCAUCGUAGAUCCCGACGCGGCAUUCACGAGAGGUGUCCUGGAACCGUUGAACACACUCAGUCGACUUGCCAACACGAUCGGCACUGGUGGUCUAGUGAUCGUCAUUGAUGGUUUGUGCGAAGCCGAAUAUCAUCGGCCCGAUCACGGAGACACGAUCGCUUCGUUUUUAGUGAAGCACAUGCCGAAGUUUCCGGCUUGGCUCAAAGUCAUCGCUACAUUGAGAACCAACCUGGAAGACGCGUUACCACCGUUGCCGUUGACAAAAAUUUGCCUUUUUUGUUUAUUCACGUACUUAGAUAUUUUCGAUCAUAAAGGCAUAUUCUGUAUUUUAGAACAACUUUUCUUUAUUCUCCCCUGCAACAGGUGCCCGCUAGUAGAAGCCGCAAAAAAUGGCCGUUUCAACGUUGUGGCAUACCUGUCGGGCUGUGAGUGGACCGUGACCGACCCGAGAGCGGAAGUCGACCACGCGGACGCCUCGCAGCAGGCCCUGGUCCAAGCAUCCGGAUGCGGGGUGGACGACGUAGUUGAAUAUCUGCUGGACGUGGCCGAGGUCACCGUGGACGGGCAGGACAGCCUGUCGGGAGAGACGGCUCUGACUUUAGCAUCGUCCAACGGUCACAAGUCUACCGUGGUACUGUUGAUCGACCGUGGCGCCCAGGUUUCGUCGGCUAAUGUGAAGUGUAUGAACGCCCUGACACUGGCUGCUCGCGACGGCCAAUGGGAAGUAGUCGAGACGCUAUUGCACAGUGGCACCCACGUCGAUAUCGUCGACUCUGAACAAAGGACACCAUUAAUGAUGGCCGCAUCCGAGGACCAUUCUGGUAUCGUUGAACUUCUCCUCGACAGUGGUAAGGACUCAUUCUCAGCAUCUGUUUGCUGUCGAUAACAUUUUUAUGAGUUGUAUUGUUAUGGUAGAUUAAACCUUAUAGAUGAGGGUUGGAUUAGGUUAUAUAAAAAAAUAUUUCAUUCCUCUACUGGUAUUUGGUACUCAAAGUUAGGUACUCGUCACCAGAAACUUUUUAUUCCACAUAAAUAACAAUAUCUCUUUUUCAAAUGUAUCUACGCUGAAUAAAUACAUAUUAAUAUUUUCAAAAUAU